AUGGGACCAUGGGUACCACUUCAAUACGAUGUAGCGACACCCAUGGAUGGUGCCAUCGUGGCUCCCAUACAACGAUGGGAUGAUAGGAUGUCUGCAGUUACACCAGAUGAGGAUAUCUUCUACUGCGUGGGACUAUUGCAUUCAGGCAGUUUUGAUGACUGGCAAGAUUUGGACAAUCAAAACAAAGAAAUUCUGGAAUUCUGUGAUAGAGCUGGAAUAAAGAUGAAGCAGUAUCUUCCACACUACAAAUCCAAGGAAGAUUGGAUAAAGCAUUUUGGUUCAAAAUGGAACAAUUUUCUAGAAAGGAAAGCACAGUUUGAUCCAAGAAUGAUAUUGUCACCAGGACAAAAAAUCUUUAAUUCUGUUUGA